UAAAAUAGCCAUCGAGGUCAAAAAUGUCGGCUUCGACUCCAGAUCACAUCUUGCUUGGUGCGAGUGCCUUGCCAUCUUCACCAUGCUGGACACACUCCGAGGCGUGUGGAACGAGAUCGGGCUGAAUGUGGCCGAGCAAGAGGCGGAGCUCGACCGGCAGCUUCAAGAGUUCUACCAGUACAAGCUCAUGGACGCAAACAACACCAAGAGCCAGUACCUGGAUGACAUUGCGAGCAUGCAGCACGACAUUAGCACGUUCGUCACACAGCUCGGCGACCCAUUCAAAGUGCCGAAGGACAUGGGUCUGCAGUCGAAAAGCCUCAAGGAACAAGAAGCACUCGUCCGCGCCGACUUCGACGCGUUGAAGCGGGUACUUGCAGUCGAUAGACAGUCCAAAUCAACAUGGAGUAUCGUCCUCACGCGGUACGAUCGUUAGGUCGUGGACGAGCGGACGUCGGCGCUGUCUGCCGUGGUAAAGGAACUCUCGUACAUCCAAGCGCUCAUGGGGGAAGCGCCAGAAAAGCCGUCGCAGCCGCUGGAUUUGACGGUGGCCGGAAUCGACAGGGUCAAGGACGCGUUGCGGGUGAAGAAGAAGGAGCAAGCCAACCGCCGCCAAGCCAUCCUCAAAGUAGCAGACGAGUACCGCGUGUUGGUCGACCAAGUGCAGCUCGUGGACUUGUCGGACUUUGACCGGUCGGUAGUGACCAAUGUCGAGGCCCUGGGGCAGUCUUUGAACCUGAUUGAGCUCAUUUCAACGCGCGUUGCAGACCUCAUCCAGUUAAAAGCAGACCGAGAGCAGGCCAAGAAGACAUUGCUGGACCAGAUCCACGUGCUGUGGGAUCGCUUGAACGUGUCGCCAAACGUCCAAGGCGACGUGCUGGACGCGUGCCGCGGCAUCAGCGCCGACGCCCUCCGCCAUGCCGAAGACGAACUGACGCGGCUGCAGCACCUGAAACGGACGAAGUUGGGCGAGUUGCUGCUUGACGUGCGCCGUCAGAUCGCCGCGCUGUGGUCGAGUCUGGAGGUGGAUGCCACAGCUGCUGCGUCGUCGUUUCCGGCCAUGCAAGUGCCGGUCGUCGACGCCACCGAAGAGCUCUUGGCGCUGCACGAAAGCGAGCUCAAACGAUUGGAUGCCAAGGCCACAGCGAGACGCGCGCUGCUCAAGUACAUUGAAAAGCGCGAGGAAAUCAUUGGCGAGCGCAGCCAGUACGAAGCGUCGCUCCAUGACCCCGACCGACUCAUCGGGCGCGUCGCCACGGCGCGGUUGCUGCGCGAAGAGAAACUGCAGGCCAAGAUCAAACACGAUUUGCCCAAGUGGACCAAGCUCCUGCUGGAUAAACUGCCGGCGUGGGAGCAAGAGUACUGCACGCCAUUUGUCCUUCGCGGCGAGCGGUACUUGGACACGAUCGCACGCGUGGAUGCCGACUACAUCAAGCAAAAGGAGCUCGACCGCAUGGAGAAGGACCGCCUCAAGCGGGAAAAGAAGGCCGCCGCCACCGACGACAAACUGGGCGUGUCCACCCCCAAGCUCAAGUUGGCCAAGGGGCCAUCCCCCCCCCCCUUGACCAAACGCAUGAGCUGCCCCAACCAAAUGACGACCGCCGUGCCGCCGUCCCACCACAAUGCCGUCGCGCUGGCUCGGGAUUCAUCCAAGUCGAAACUCGCGAAUCCGGAAACGUACUAGUAGUACUAGUAGGAAUAGUAACGUUACUAUUACUACGUACUAGUAGUAAUUAAUACCCCUACUAGUACCCAUCGUUCCUAGUUUUCCAUUCCA